UGUGCUUUUUUCUUCCUCUCGUCAACUAAACUCUUCAGUGACGUGAAUUUUUUGGCUUGCAAAAAGUUCACUGGAAUCUUUGUAUGUAUAUAUAAACUAAUAUAAAAAUCAAUCGGAUUUGGUUCCGAGUUUCUGAAAAUUUCGCUUUCAUUUGUUUAUUUAAAAUUUUGGAGCGAAAAUUGUUGUGAGUAAUGCAAGACAUCCGCUCGAUCGGAGGUGACCGCAUAUUCAGCGGCGGCGGCGGAGGAGGAGGAGGAGACAGAAGGUUACGACCGCAUCACCACCAAAACCAUCAAGCACUCAAGUGUCCACGCUGCGACUCUCACAACACAAAAUUCUGUUACUACAACAACUACAACCUCUGUCAGCCACGUCAUUUCUGCAAGAGCUGCCGGCGUUACUGGACAAAAGGCGGCGUCCUCCGUAACGUACCCGUCGGUGGUGGUUGCCGCAAAGCCAAGCGCUCCAAAACCAGACCUUCAUCUGAAACCACCACAGCCGUUGCCGCCUCUGCACCACCACAGCCACAGCAACCACAGCAGCAACAACAUGAUCAACGUAAAUCGAAUUCUCAUUCUAGCAGCGAGAGUUCAAGUCUUACUGCAGCUAAUUCUAACGCUGCAGUGACCAAUAAUAAUACCAAUAACAACAACAAUAAUAGUUCCACCGGUGGCGCAGCGGAGGCGGUGUCGGCUGUAACAUCUCAUUCUAACUUGAUAAAUGUAAGCGAGUCGAAGUUUUAUGGAAACGCUAAUAAUUUAGAGUUCGAGCCAGGAUUGCUAGAACAAGGAUCAGACUGCGGCUUAUUUUCGGAGAUUGGGAGUUUUACGAGCUUGAUUACUUCAUCGAACAAUGAAACGUUGUCGUUUGGUUUCGGGACGGUAUUAACUGAGCAAGGACUUGAGCAAGGACAGUGGCAGCAGCAACAGCAGCAAAAGAUGAUGAGUAUGGGAGGAGAGGAAAUUACCGGCGGAUUGCUUGAUCAGACGGUUCAAGUUGAGCUUUCAAAUUUGCAUAGUAGAUCCGAGAGUGGAUUUGGAGCCUUGGAUUGGCAAGGGAGUGGAGAUCAAGGGUUGUUUGAUCUUCCUAACGUUGUUGAUCAGACAUAUUGGAGUCAGAGUCAAUGGACUGAUCAAGAUCAUCCUACCCUUUAUCUCCCGUAAAUUAUCUCUCACCUUUUCUUUUCCGUAAAUUAUUUAUUAACUAUUAAAAAGAAAAAAACUCUCAUAAAAAAAAAAUCAAAGAAAGCCUCAAGGCUUAAGGUAAAAGAAACUGAAGAGAGUUAUAUGGAUAUAUGAAUGUGACUAUUUCUUAUUGUGUAAAAUUUUUAAUAUAUUUUUCUAAUAUUUAAGUUUUAUU